CUGUUGAAGUGGUGAGGAGGAUUCUCAAAAGAAAAAGCGCACGACAAGUCUUGUGCAUCAGUUGAACAAGUAGUGUCUUCUGCCUUGUUGAGGUUAGUGGUUCCGUUCGUACCUCAGCAGACGCAAAAGAGCCAGCACAGUUUUCCAGUGUCGCUAGACCCGAACAGGUCGAACAAAUCGGUACCAGCCUACGCCAUUCGAAUUGAAUAGAAUUUUUUAUUAGAGCCAUCAACCCGUCGACGACCUUCCGAGUCUAGCACUGACAUUUAUUUUUCCCACUGAAAGGCGUCAACAUUCCUGUCCUUCAUGAACGCAACAGACGGCGAUGACAGAUGUUAGCCUGACGUAAGAAGAGCCAGACGAGCGCUACUACCGUUGCUAGUAAGGGUAGAGCGUGCAAUGACUCACGUCACGUCACCUCCGCAAGUAUCCAUCAUUACAAUCGUCGCCACCGGCCUUUUACUCCUGGCCGUCGGUGGUGACCUGCUGGACGGGAUGCGACGACCGAUUUGCAGUGCGUCAACGCCAGUCACCAAACCAUCCGUGCGGUUGCGUCACUCAACAGUCAAGACCUACGCAACAACCAGCACCAUCGCUAGCAAUCAUUCUGUUAAUCACAACAGUAACAACAAAAACCGGCCAACGAAACGGGGAGGACGAAUGGAACGGCGCAACCGCCAACAACAGCACAAAGAUGAUUUGUCACUCUGGAUCGAUCAGCAACAAGUCAAAAUGUUUUCAGGUUUCCCCAUGGAGAUAUAUAUAGCUGCAGAUGGCCGAGUCUUGUCUUACAUUCUGGAUCCCAACUUUGAAAAAUAUUUGCCCAUAAUCCCAUCGGAGGUGGACUAUGUCAAUUUUACGUGGAAAUCGGGCGAGAACAAAAAAUACUACUACCACUUUGAUCGUCUGCAAUCUUUCAACGAGGACAUUUUGCAAUCGCCCACCAUUUCGGUUGAAAUACGAGGCCGCGUUCCCCGCAAACCCAAAGUGUUCAGCGUCCUGUUACCCUGCUCGGGUAAUUCGAGUGGUGUAGCUUCCUUUAGCAUCGGCUUGCUGAUUGAGUCCCACAAAGGAAAACCGCUUCCAGGUACUCCGCUACGCUUAAGGCUUCGCAAAGAAUGCGCCGAACGCGUGACUCAAGUCAGCGGCGGCGGGGGUGCAAUCCGUCCCGCUGGUGCCCCCCACCAACACCACCUGGUCCCGUCCCCGCACGCUUCCACCUCAUCCGCAUCUGCUUGGCCUCCGCUGUCUUCGCUUCCAGAUCUGUUGGCGACUCACGGCCAGACUGGACUGGCUGUUUCCUCUUCUAGCAUAUCGGCCGGCAGCCGUUCCCGCCUUGCAUUCGCCGGCUUGCGUCACGUAGGUCCAGAUCCGGAGUGCGACAAAAAAUGUGCAAACGGUGGAUGGUGCAACCAUGAAAAGAUUUGCCAGUGCCUGGAGGGAUACAUGGGUCAACAUUGUCGCACAGCUCUUUGUUACCCUCAGUGCAUGAAUGGCGGAAGCUGCACAUCACCGGGAACGUGCAGCUGCCCGUCUGGAUUUCAAGGUCUACACUGCGAAGGAGGCAUCUGCAAAGAAAAAUGUCUUAAUGGCGGAAAGUGUAUUCAAAAGGAUACUUGUGAAUGUCCAAAAGGAUUCUAUGGCCUACGCUGUGAAUUCAGUUUGACAGCCAAGUGCGUGAUACCGUGCCUCAACGGUGGCCGUUGCAAAGGAGUCAACCAAUGUCGCUGCUCCCCGGGUUUUAAAGGCGACCAUUGUGAGGUGACUCCGCCUGGACGCCCAGCACAACGACCCUUAUGUCAGCGGCCCUGUCGACAUGGAUCCUGCGUGGGACUAAACCGCUGCCUUUGCCAUGAGGGAUGGCACGGAAAGCUUUGCCAUCGAAAUCGCCAACACAAUUCCACUGAGGAACGACCGGCAGCCCGACGCCGUAAAGUGUGGGUUUAACACGAAAUGCACAUAAAAUUUAUAAGAAGACUGACGAAUUUAAGAUUCACUGCACCGUAUGUGAAAAUAAGUGUUUGAUGAAGAGUUCGCCUAAGCUUAGAGCCACACUGUUUUGAUAACGUGUCUGAAUAACAGCAUAUAACAAUAAAUUACAGUUGUACAGAAUCAAUACUUGGAAAACAUACCAGAAAUGAAUGGGCGAAAUACAUUUUACUAUUGUCUGUAAA